GUCUGCUUCAUCCAACAUGGCGGCAAACUCCAGGAGAAGAUACCACAUUUUGUUAUCGUCUUUUACCAGCGAGGAGAAAGGAAAGUUGUCACAAUCCAUUCAAGAACUUGGUGGGACUUAUUCAGAUACGCCGGUAAGUUAGAAAUCUUUACAUGGUCGUUUACUAAACGGACAAACGAUUAAGCUUACCAUUUGCGCGCCUUGAUCAAACAUCGCGCGCUUGAUUUUUUAGUCUCUGGGAGUAAAAUAUCAAAGAAAGUAAAGGAUGGUUUGACAACAGUUGGACUAACGAAGUACCCUGAACGCCUUAGAAAAACAAAAAAUGAAAAACUACGCUUUACCAGUCCGUUCUGUUGCGCUUCUCGGCAUUAUUAUACAAGCUUGUGCUGUGAACCAUUUGUUACGUUUUAUGAGGCGGCCGUGCAUAAUGGCGUGCAUUAUGUAAGAGUGCAGCGAGUUGCAUCUCUCUAGUUUAAAAAUAGUUGGCAAAAAGUAUCAUCUGGAAGCUCAAGUUAUUGAACAACCGAGAGUAUUUCGAUGUCAUGUAGUAUUAUGAUUCAUAAACAUGUAUGAGCAACGCGCGCAGUAUGAAAGAGCGUGACCCCGGAGCGUGACAUUAAUUUUGAAAAUACUUUGCUCCUUUUUUUUUCUCAGCACUUUAUUCGAAGUUGUUCACAUGUGAUCUGUGGUAAGCCAAGUCGAGGAGAAAAGUUCCUUUGUGGCUGUGCAUCAGGUACAGGCUCUAGUUAUAAAGCUUCUGGUAAAAAGAAAUGUGCGCGCAUACAUGCACGCUGUUGUUGUUGAAUUAAAUAUUAUGAAAACAACUGUCCAUUCAUGAAUAUUUUAUCAUUGUAGCUCUCUCCUCCGCAGAGGGGAGGCUCCCGCUUGGUAUCCCAAUAAAAAUAGCAAUAAUCAAAAAAUAGAAAGUGGACAGGGGAAGAUGGUCUUUUCUUUUUCUCUGUCUCUAGCCCUCUCUAGAGGCCUCUGCUGAGGAGAGAGUCAUUGUAGAAAGACACAAAUACAAUAUUACUACAGACUCAGUAACCACCAAACCAUGUUACUAAAAGGUAGCAUUGGUAGUUGCCAGAAAUCUGUUACAGUGGAACCUCGAUAUAACAAACCUUUAAAUGACGAAGUCCUUGGUUUAACGAAUGAUUUUCUUUAUCCCAGUGAUAGUGAAAUAUUGCUGGUUUGUACAUGAUGUCAUGGCAGCCAUGUUGGUGGUCAAGAACAAAAGCUUUCCUCUCCUCUGGGAACUAGACUCUAUUUUCAUGUAAAUUCUUCGAAAAAAAUUUCUAUUGUAUUGACCCCCAACAUUGCUGCCUUGUCACAUGGUUGGAAACCAAGAAUAUGAAAAAGAAGCUCAAUGUAAUGAAACCUUGUCAUAGUGAACACGUUUUGCCAGUCUCUUGACCUUUUGUUUGAUUGAUGUUCUACUGUAUAAUGCUUAUCAGAAGGUUGAAGAGAGUUGUACGUAUAAAGACGUUCCAUUUUUUAUCCCCCCGCCCAAGAUGAUAGGAAUCUGAAACCUCAAAUUUUUGUCAGUGUUCUUUGAAAAAUUGAAUCUGAAGGGUUUGUUCAUUGUUGGCACCUUUAAUAAAAAAAAUUUUUCUGAAGAGUCAAAAUUUUGUCAGAUUCUUUGAAAAAUGUAUCUGAAUCCCCCUAAUUUGAAGACCCAACAUCCUUAGGGUGGGGGUGCAAAUAAGAAAUGGAACAUCCCAUACAGUACAGUGCUGUACAUGUACAUAUACGUCAUACAAUGUACAUAACAGCUAAAAUAGUUAUUGAAGGAAUAAGAUACUCCACAUGUACUGCAAUCUGGUGUAGAAAAAUUGGGUAUCAUAACUGUCACAUGUAGGCUGUAUAAUAAGAUACUGCACAUGUACAUGUAUUACAAUCUGGUGUAAAAGAAUUGGGUAUCAUUACUGUCACAUGUAAGCUGUAUGUAGUUAGCAAACUUUGAAAAGAAGGUUACUUUUGUUGGGUGACUUGGGUUGAUGAAGGCCGAUAGAAUGUUUUAGCCUAAUAUCAAGAGCUAGAGUGGCUGAUCUGGUGAGUGUUGAAAAGUGUCAGAUAGAAAGGGCUGUGCAGGUGGCAGAGUAAGGGCCUAGUUAUAUAACAUGAUCCAGCUGACUUGGCUGGGAGGUGGGCCUGCCCGCCUUUUCAUGUAUAAACACAAUUACAAUUUUUUGAGAAAACAAGCCCAAGAACCAAGCAAGCCAGUAAAGCAAGCAAGCUCGGUAACCUGGCGGCUCACCUCAUACAUUUAUAAACAGGCCAUAAGACACUGCAGUUUUCAUUUAGUCAGUGCCAUGAUGUAAAUAAUUUACUAAUAGUAAUACUAAAAUUAGUUUUGGAAAUCAUUGAACGAAGCAUAUUAUUCAAGAUUAUGUAGCAAUGUUAUACACAUGUUUUUAAAGCACAUAUGAAUUCCAGGUAAGUGGAUAUUAAAGUGCCAGUUCAUUGAGGACAGCAUUAAGGCUGGAAGGUGGUUGGAAGAGAAGUUGUAUGAGUGGAGUGAACAAGAUGAAGUAGAUGGAGUCUCUUCCAGUCAUCUUGCUGCUCCUGGCCGCUGGAGAAGAAUUCUACAAGAAGAGAGAGGUCCGUUUGAUGGAUGGAAAGCACUGGUGGCCGUGGCAGAUGCUAAGAGAAGAGCCGCAUACAAAAGGCAAGCCACAGUACACUGUGUUUUAUAUUUUAAUACCUACACUGUAAGAGAAGCUGUACAUGCAUACUGGUUUCCGCCAUUUAACAAAAAUAUUCUCAGAUUUUCGGCAAUAUAAGGAUUAAUCGCAUUCUCAUACCGUGAGAAACAGUUUCUGGCUCUGAGAUGUGGGCUUCCACCAGUUGUAGCUCACUCCUAGAUGGAAAUUAAUCCCAUGCCUGGCAAAUACUACAACCCAGCCUGAGCCCCCACGUGAUAGGGGAAGAGAACAGGUCCCUGUCACACUUAUAAACAGUGGAAAGAGGGGGAGGCCUACUAAAAGAGCUUAUACAGCUCUUUUAAUAUUGCUAAAGAAAUGCUCACGCUUGUGCCAAAUACUACAGCAAACUUUGGUUUGUACAUGGAGUCCUGGCACAUGCACAUGGUGAAGUAUCACUGACCACAAAGGAAGCACGAAGUUCCUCAUUGUGAACUCUGCUAAAUUCCAUAUAACCAUGGUAUGAAGCAACUCAAGAUUACAUGUAAAUGUGAAUCUUUGCCUAGGUUGUUUUGUGCAAUUAGGCCCUUGUAUAUGUAAGCAAUGUAGACACAUAGUGCAAACUGUAUUAUGUACAGCUGUAUCCCAGCAUAGCUGAUGCAUCCUACAGUACAUGUAUGUGUAUUAACUUGAAUAAAAAUAUCUGAUGCUAGAUCAUUAGUUGAUUGUACAUGUAUUUUCUGUCACCACUGUUAGGUUGUUAGAGGUAGGAGGAGCUGUGAUGGUGAGUGGGAAGCCACCGUACCCAUCCAAUCUUGCUUCAAAACUGACACAUGUGUUUGUGGAGAAGGCUCUUGAAGAUGAUGUGAAGAUUUUACAGAAUGCUGGAGUCCUUUGUCUUUCUCCUGAUUAUAUUCCUGAAUUUAUACUACAAGUGAGUGCUUGAUACUUUGUCUUAAGUGAAGGGGGAAGAAAUGAUAUAUUAUUAUAACUCACCUGUUCAUUAAGGAACACGGAAUAGGAACCCUCUGAAUGAUUUCAACGUUUUAUCGGGGUUGGGGGGUUUCAUUUACUAACCCACGAUAAUUACACAGGCUCGGGCAAAAUCAGGCCAUACACCACAAGACAUCCAGAGGGUCUCAGCUAUUUGUGGCUUGGUAUCUGAGUUUUCCACACAUCCCAGGGAGUGUUGCUGUUUAGUUGAAGUCUAGUCAAGCUAAUAAAACAGAAUGCAUAGCCCAUUAGCCUCAUGUUUGAUUUUAAAUGCUAGGACCCUGCCCCUCCUGUUGCAACAUUUUCCAUCACAUCUUACAAGUCUCCAGUUAGAAGUCUUCAGAGGAUCACUGGCAAACUCAAGAACACUCCUAUCCUGGGUAGUGAUGUCACUGAGUCAAGAAUUGGAAAGCAAAGUAACACACAUGCAAUGUCAACAUCUAGAAAGAUAAAGGCGUCAUCUGUAUCCCUAGGUCCUACUGAACCCCCAAGCAAGAGACAAAAGCAGGUACCAGUGAAUUCAUAAAUAGAACCUUACCUAUCCUUUAAUCACCUCUGUGGUAUUGGAAGCUACAGUUGUUUUAAAAACAGCCUUGAGGGUCUCAAAGGUUGGUGUUUGGCCGACACAUACUAUAGGGCCUACACAUACAGGGGUAAUCACCUCACCCUGUCAAAACUCUGUUAAUUAAAGAGACUUCUCAUUUUGUGUUCAGCUUUUUUUACCAGUAAUACAAAUUAUUGUAUAAAUGCCAUGUAGUUGCCAAAUAUAAGGUCCUGGAAAAUGCACAGUUCAUCCAUGGAAAUCCCACUAUUUACAUGCUUUCUUUUUGCAAAACAAUCUACCUGACUGUACAUGACUUGUAUGCUUUUUUAGGGCCUGGAUUCCAGUUUCGUAAAUUACAGAUGGCAGCCCAGAUUGAGCUCACGUGUGUUUAGUACAAGCAAGGUACAUGUAUGUGAAAUAUAAUAAUUACGGUCAUUUUAAUAAUUUAUUACAAUGUCACUGCAUUUUACAACUGUCAAAAUAUUGUCAUUGCAGUCUCAUUAAGUGCAUAUGCUUUUACACCACCCAUGUGUGUGUUUGUUCAGUUAUUUCAUGCAUAUACAGUGCAAUUGUACAUACAACUUUUUUUCCAAAAUAAGUAUGCACCGACAAUAUCAUUAAUUUUUCUUUAUAGGUGUGUGGAGAUGAGUUUCCAGCUUAUGUUUUAAACUCAAUUGAUGGUUAUGUGGAGGAAUCUCACCAGUCCACUGUCUUGGAUGCCAUAUCUUCUUUUCUAACCUCCAAGCGGUAUCCUCCUCCACGACUGCUUCACACCAUCAUGGACAUCCUUUUGGUAAAUAAAUUUGACUGCUUGUUCUUGAUUGUACAUUAUAUUAACCUUUGUAAGGGUAUAUAAUUAAAACUAAAAAAUACUUAGCAAUUAUUGAACAAGGCUGAGUAGGAUGUGAAGAAUUAUGCAGAUCAAGGUGGAUGUAAUCCACCAAGGCGAAAGGCCAAGGUUAUGGUUGAUAACAUCCUUCGACAUCUGCAUAAUUCUUCACAUAGUAGAAAGCCAAAUUCAUUUUUUUAUUAUUAUUCAUUUAUUCUUAACAAGCUUACCUCCUCAUAGAAUGUCUCCUAAACUUUGGCCUAUUCUUGGCACGGUUUCACAGUAUAAACAGAUACUCCUCAAAAAGUAGAUAACAUCCAUCAACCAAAUGUUUUGCAUUUUCUUGCAGCAUAUGGUCAGAAAUUCAGCUUCAUUUUUGCCUUCAGAUAGCCGUGAUUGUCAUUCUUUAGUUCACUGUAGGCCGCCACGCCUGGAAGAGAGGUUGAUUGAUGGUCUAUUGCCUAUGCAGCCCUCUUUCCAGGCAAAUAAUUAUAUGCAAUGUACCAUCGAUCAGCCUCGCUUCCAAAUCAGUAUACAUGUACCAUUGAAUCAAUGUAUACAGCAUAUUGCUUGCAUCUUCCAAAUUUGGUGAAGGCCGGUUAGUUAUGAGAAAAUAGCCAGGAGACUUAAAGCCAAUCAGAUAGUAAUUUUUGCAAGUGCUGCUGUUGAUUGUCUGAAAAGCAGAGAUAAUUAACUUGAUAAUGAAAUUAUAAGAACUUCUUUAAUUAAACUAGCUUCAAUGAGACCACAUUUCAACAUAGUUUUUAGUUCACAACUGCCUUAACAGUGAUUUCACCCAGCUUCCUUUUGUACCUAUAGCUGUAGCCAAUUCCCAUGAAUGAAUUCUGUCCCAACAGUUGCAUGUGUUGAAUACAGCUGUAAGUGCUAAUCACACUACUGCUUCCACUUGCCAGUCCAUUUUACCAUUCUGCAGAAGUCUGCAUACAAUAUGCUUAAGUAUUUAUAAUUUCCACUUAUACAUUAUCUGUAAGUUUCAAGUACAUGUACAAUUCAUGUAAACUAUGACGCCCAGGUUCUUUUGAGCAGACCUCUGUUUCAAAGAGGUGUUUAUUGUACUUUAAAUACUUGUAUAUUGUAAUAUUUUUCAGAAAUCGUCUUCCGCCCAGGCUGCUAAAGCUUUUCUGUUGCUCCAGCAACUCCUGGUAUUGCAUCCGCCAUCUCACAACACGGCCUCUCUGUACCAGUCCAUGCUCAAUGUACAGGUUAAUUCCCAUGUGACUUCAGUAGAGAACAUUGGCUAUGAGUGGGAAUUUUUCAAGUCACUCUGCAGGUACCAAUUUAAGGUUUUUUCUUAUGAAAUAGACCUGGUGGCACCAUUUUUUUUUCUCAUGUUUUUGUAAUAAUUUUUGUAUUUUUUGUUUACACUUUCUUUUGUUUUUCAGUAAGAAGGAUCAAAACAGCCUACUCCUGUUACGGUUUGUUAUCACAACACUCCAGAGGGAUUUCCAUGAUCGUACCUGUAAUAGGUAGAUUGAUAUACAGUAUUUCCUUCCACUUAUUUUACUAAUACAUGAAUCUCCUGACUGUGACACAAAGUUCUUCACCCUGUUUUUGUCUAUACUGCUGUAAAAAAAGUUAUGCUUUGUAAUAGAAGAAAACAUAAUUAUUUUUGGCCCAUCUUUCAGCAUGUUAUCUGCUGGUGAAAAUUUGGAUGCCCUUAAAAAGUCUCUGCUGUGGUUAAUGUUUUGGCCAAGCUCAUCCACAGUCUCUUUCAAUACACGCCUGCGAGAGCUGUUUAGACUAACAUGGAGUGCUUGCGAUGACCCAAAUCAGGUUAGUGACAAGGACAAAUGCUUCAGUACUGGUAUCUGUUAAACUGAAUGGGUGAGUGCUUGGGUUUUUUUUAAAGGGGAAGGGAGCUGAGGGAUGGACCUGUCAGUUUCAAAAUGUUCCUUAUACAUUGUACAUUUUUAAACUUAACAUUUUUUAUUUCAGGUUUUUUUAGUGCAGAGUUUGCAAAGUGUUGUCUCCAUGGCAUCUGAGUACUAUAUCCUUACUGACCUGGUGUCAUUUAAGUGUGAUGAGGUUGGUUUGGGCAGCAGGUUAAGCGAGCGCUCAAGAACCUUUGUGACUGAGCUGGCCUAUGGAGGGACACACCAUGAAGCUUCUAUGAACCAUUUCUUAGAGACAUGCUCCCCCUGGCUUCAGAUGCAUGUGGCUGAAAUUCUCCUAGCAAACUACACAGAUCUGUCAGUACCUUUUGAGAAACGCCAUUUAAAAAGCAAAACUUUAUCCUUAGAGAAAAUUGUAAGUAGCACAAUAUAGAAUCAAUCAGCUACUAAUAAAAAAAUUUAUAUAUUCAUGAUUUUGUACAGCUAUGAUAAUUGCACAACAUUUGGGGAGUAUACUUUUUUCCUUUGUUAGGUCUGUUAUCAUUUCUUUUUGGCGCCAAGAACAAGUGUUGACGAUGUUACCCCUAAUGUUGCUAAGGGUACCAAACGCAAAGGAACUCCACUACAGGAUAUAAAAAGGUAAGUCAUAUGGUUGAAAUUCUAACUGUUCAAAUAAUAAAUUAAACUGAAGACUAGCUGAUUGGAUGCAUCAAGGUUCUGUAGGACCCCACAAACUCCUUUGCUCUAUGGCUGGGCUAAAAUACAGGUCACUUUUCCACAGGUUAGAGUACAGGUUAUUACAAGUUAUACAGAUAAAUGAACAGUAUUAAGUGUCUCCUAACCCUAAUCUUUAAACAAAAAUAAAAUUUCCUAUUAGAUCAAGGGAAAUCUGUGUGGUUUGGUAAUUUAGUGUUCGCGCAGUGACCUGUACUCUUGACUUGUGGAAUGUGACCUGUACUUUAGAUCCACCACCAUUUUGCUGUGAAUAUAUACUUUAGUUCUAACUGCAUUCACAUUCUGCUACAGUGAGAAUGGAAUGCGUUUAUUGAGGCUUGGCCAACAGUUUCAUGUGCAAAUCACUGUAUUUCAUCAUCCCCAAGCCUUGACUUGGUUCCGUUGUUUACAGGAAUGUAGGAAAGGGUUGUUGAUUGAUUGAUUAAUUUGAUUGUGUAUCACCAUUUUAGUUAACCCAUCUUCUUUUCCUGAAUUUGAAGGCUUUGUUCAUUGUUUUUAGGGACAACUUAAACAUGAAGCUGAAUGACGUCACUGAAAUUGAUCGCCGUAAUAUUAAAGGUAUAGUUAAGAAGAUUACAGCUUUUGAUUGUUUCUUGACUGCUAUGUUUAUUCUGGUUCUGCUUCUUGCUUACUUAAACUAUACGAAACUUUGAAACUCUCCAUUGUAGAAGAGUUGACUACAUAGUAUAUGUAGCCAUGUUUUGUUUUGUAUCAGGGUACCCUAUUCCACUGACAAUAUCAUUGUUUCCUUGCUUUCCCAGUGCUGACUUUCCAUCCAAAAUUUAGUUUUUAUUGAGAAGUGAAGAUUCUGAUGAAGGAAUGUUUUUGUGUGGUUCAUUGUUCUCAGGUGAAACAAAGCUGCAUGUUGCUUGCAUUAAAAAUGAUGCUGUAAAAGUGAAACAGUUGCUUGCAGCAGGAGCAGAUGCUAACAUCACAGAUCAUGCAGGGUGGACACCCCUGCAUGAGGCCUGUAAUCAUGGUCACGUGGAGUGCGUGCGAGAAUUGCUAAAGGGGAGGAGGCUUGUUUAUGAAAUAAAUGCUGAGGAUGGUAUGUACUUUUCAAGAACUGGUUAUACCAUAUUAGUUCAAGUAAGGGAAUAAUGUUGAGUUGUCUUGGUGAAAUGGCAUGCAUCUCACUUAAUUACUUUCCAUAUGAGCAAUUACCACCACUCAUACAACCAGACUGGAUACAGAUACUGUCUGGGUAGAGCAAAACAGACAACCAUUGGUUUGGGAAUCAAGAACACGGUAGAUUGCAUGUAAAUUGCUUAGGCCCCAUUUUUGAUUAAUGUUGGUGACCUCACAGGCUCUACUUGCUGCAUAUUUUAUCCCAUAAAUGAAAUGCAUCAAAUGGAAUUGGCAAGGAAAGAAGAUAUCGUUCAUUGGCCCACAGUCAAUGACAGACGUUAUGGGCAUUAACUUAUUCCAUUACUCAGUUACUCUUUAAAAGAUGGCAUAACAGUUCCUUACUAUACUACUACAUCUUAUUUGUUGUCUCCAUUGUGAUGUGACUUUGUAUUUCCUUGCUUUCAUCCUUUGGAGCUUUGUUUCUUUUUUGCAAGUAUUUCCAAGUAAUAAUGCAGCCUAAUGCAAGCUUAGGACAAUUUUGUUUGUUUUUGAGUUGUAAUUGCUUCUCUGUGUUUAAAAGAUUCCUGCCGUGUGCUUAAUGUACUGGCAGCUCCAAGGUGUGGUACAACGCCUCUUCAUGAUGCUGCUGGCAACAAUCACAUGCAAGUGGUCAAGGAGCUUGCAGCUGCUGGAGGUUAGUUGCAUACACAUUACAUUAAUUCAGGGGAGGAUCCAGGAUUUUUUUUAGGAGGGGGGUGCAAUCAUCUCCUACUCUACUUCAACACCAAUAAACCACAUAGUUUUUUUUGCAGAAUACCAGUUGUAUUAGAAAACAGCAGGUCAUCUCGGGGGGGGGGGGGGGGGGCCCCCCCCGCCCCCCCCCCCCAGACCCCCCCCUGGAAUUUUUUAGGAAAAAAAAAAAUUAAUUGAGGUCGGAAAGGGCACCGCCUGAACCCCAAUCAAAUCCAGAACCUGUAUGCCCGUCUUCGCUUGCAAAAUAAAAAGGAGUGGGGGCGGGGGGGUGGGGGAGUGGUAUUUCAAUAAUAAAUUACAUUGGGGGGGGUGGUAUUGUCUUGUUUUUGGGGGGGGGGUGGCCACCCCACCCCACUCUCACCCGCACACAUAAAACAAUAUUUUUUUUUUUGGGGGAAAAGGGUGGGUAAAAAAAAGACGGGGCCCGGGGGGGGGGGGGGGGGGGGGGUGCGCACCCCCUGCACCCUCCCCCUAGAUCCGCCCCUGUAAUCUUUCAGGAAUAAGAAAAUCUACUUGAGGUGAUGCUGCAGCAACAGAAAAGAAGAAUACAUUGUAGUGUAUCCAUAGAUGGCGGGAUAAACAAUACUCCUUGAUUUUUCUCUUAUCCUUUCAUCUCCAAAAUAUAAAUAUUGUAAUAUUGUUGAUGCAAGGAACUAGGUUGCCAAAUGCUAAAUCAAUAUUGAAAGGUGUGUCACUGCUGCAGCAGCCUACAUGUAGUGAUCCUUGUCUUACAUGGACCUUAAAAAAAUAAGUAAUCGUAUUAACUUUAUACUUUCAUUCUUUAAAGGCAUACGUUUGCUGGAAGCCAAAAAUAGUACUGGAAAAAAACCAUUGGAUGUAACAAAGGAUAGAAAGAUUACAAAAUUUCUUCAGUCCAUGGAAGGAAACAAUGCCGAUUCAUCAUUUAGUACACAUUCUAAUCAGGUGGCCUCCAAGUACACUACACAAGAGUGUGAAGAGUUUCUCUUGAUACUGUCUCAUUUAGUGCAGUCAUACUUCCGGGUCACAGGGUACCCAACUGACAACCCACUUUGGACAAACUUCAGAGAGCAUGUUGAUAAUUUAGAGAGUCAUUUGACUUGGAUGUUGAAAGACAAUCAUCUUUCAUCAGCUCUUAAUAUCAGACUUGCUACCCUGAGGAUGUUGACAAAUACUUAAACCUACAAUGCUGUUUGGUUGGUUCGUGUUCUUUAUUUUCCCUUUCUGAUUUGGAUGAUUUGUUAAAAAAAAUUCUACAGAUUUUAUUUCUUGUUGAGUUUUAUGGAGAUGUGUCACCUCAGGUCAAAGGGAUUUGCCAUGACUUCGAAGACUGAUCACCUUGCAAGUCAUAAAACAAAAUUGCAAAAUAUGCCAAGUUGCUGUAAAGAAGGU